UCUCACUAAGUUAUUUAGUUGGUCGGGCUGGGCUCAAACUUUUAUCACAGGUACGUGUCACUGGUAGCUACCAUUUUAAAAUUACUAUUUUAUUAAUUUCAACUUUGUAAAGUUACCUCUGGAGAUGGGCUUUUAAGGUGGUAGAGAGAAGAGUCCGGCGUGGUGUCCCACACCUAUAAUUCUGCACUUGGUAGGCUGAGGCAGGAGGAUCACCACAAGUUCAAGGCCGGUUUGAAUUACAUAGGGAAACUCAUCUCAACAAAGAGAGAUGAUAGAAGAAAUUGAGGACAGUAAGAAUUCCGCAACAGCAGGGGAAGAAUAUCAGCGCUUAAAAGAUUCUGGCUGGCUCUGAGAAUGAGAUGUAUGUAUGCUUAGCUCCUGACAUGUUGUAAACACUCAAAAGGAGCAACUCCAUGGGCGUCGGAAUCAAGGAGAACUUGUUUUUGAAUCCUAGUAAGGCUCCCAGGAGCAAGGUCAAGGCCAGGGAGACGAUGGUCUCAGUGACUAUGGCCACUUCUGAGUGGAUCCAGUUCUUCAAGGAAGCUGGCAUUCCCCCGGGACCUGCUGUGAAUUACGCUGUGAUGUUUGUGGAUAAUAGGAUCCAGAAGAGCAUGCUGCUGGAUCUCAACAAGGAGAUCAUGAACGAGCUGGGUGUGACCGUGGUGGGUGACAUCAUCGCCAUCCUCAAGCAUGCCAAGGUGGUGCACCGCCAGGAUAUGUGCAAAGCUGCCACUGAGUCGGUCCCCUACAGCCCCAGCCCCCUCCCGGCUGAGCUACGUCGUGGCACCGCUAGCGCUGCCUCCCGCAUGAUCGCCAACAGCCUGAACCGGGACUCCCCGCCCGGCACGCCCCCGAGGCGGCCGGACACCAGCACCUCCAAGAUCUCAGUCACUGUGUCCAACAAGAUGGCGGCAAAGAGUGCCCAGGCCUCAGCAGCUGCCCUGGCGCGUGGGGAGGAGGAGAGCCUGGAGGUUCCCACCAAGCGGCGCCGGGUCACUGCUGAGAUGGAAGGGAAAUACAUCAUCAACAUGCCCAAGGGCACCACCCCCCGGACCCGCAAGAUCCUGGAGCAGCAGCAGGCGGCCAAAGGUCUGCACAGGAUGUCCGUGUUUGACCGCCUCGGUGCCGAGAUCAAGGCCGACACGACCACGGGGAGCAGGCCCACAGGGGUUUUCAGCCGCCUGGGGGCCACUCCAGAGACGGAUGAAGAUCUGGCAUGGGACAGUGACAAUGACAGCAGCAGCUCUGUCUUGCAAUAUGCCGGCGUCCUGAAGAAGCUAGGGCGGGGCCCAGCCAAGGCCAGUCCCCAGCCGCCACUGACUGUCAAAGCUAAGGCCACGAGCUCGGCGACACCGGCCGCCACCCCAACUCUGCGGCGCCUUGCCCUCUCCUCCCGCCCCGGGCCCGAGAGGAAGCCGGAGUCCCUGUCCAAAGUCAGCAUCAUCCAGAGACUGGGCAAGGCCGCCCUUGCGCCAGAGGCCCAGGACAGCCAGGUCACGAGCACCAAGAGUAAGUCUUCGGCCGAGGUCAAGGUCACCAUUAAGAGGACCCUGGUGGGGCCCCGGGGGAGCAGCUCCAGCGAGGGCCUUGGUGCCCAGAUGGACCACGCGGGCACCGUGAGCGUGUUCAAAAGACUGGGCCGCAGGACCUUCUAGCCCACGGAGGGCAGGUGCGGCCCCUCGGGCUCCUGGCUCCUUCUGAGUCUGCCUUGAGGGCCCGCUCACCCCCCUGCCAGCUCUGGAUGGCCCUGCUUGUCUCCCUCGGGUGUUGGCACUGGGCCUGGGCCCAAGCCCUCAGGCCGAGCACCGGUUUUCCUGGGCUGGGUGGUCGCUGCGGCCUGGCCUUGCCCGCUCUGGGGCUUUCCCUCCCUCCCUCCUGCCCUCUGUUCUCUGCUCUCUGGCCAAGGCCUUGGCAGAACCCACGUCCUCUCCCGAGUGCCCGGCGCCCCUCUCUGCCACAGCCCCUUCUCCUCUCUCAGCGGCAGCUGCUGCCGGCUCCUCGCUUCCCUGUGCUCCCUCCGCCCACAGCGGGUGUCUCGGGGGCUCCUGGCUGCCCACACCCUGCUGUCCCCCCCCGCCCCCGCUGUAACUCUGUCUCUCUUCACCCCGUUCAUUUCUCUUCUGUUUUCUGUCCCUGUGGCAAGGCCCGACUGUGCGCUGUGUCCUGCCCGACCCUCCUGCACCUCCGGCCUCCCAGCGGCCCCCUCGUCGGCGGUGGCGUGGAGCCCGUAGAGACUG